AUGUGCAUCGCUGUGGUGGAAGAGGCUCCUCACGGCUCCGCGGGGAUCGCCGUCGGGGUCGUGUUGGUCAUACUCGCCGUCGCAGGACUCGCCACAUUCCUGUUCGUCAGGAGGAGCCCGAGGCCGGUGUUCGGAGAUAGUCUGGAAGAGGACGUUAAUGAUGAACCAGAGCCUGACAGCAGUGCACAACAACGCUUCAGCCUGCAGCCUCCUGUCUUCUGCUCCGCGGGAUCGGGCCGUUGUGUUCAGGCAAAUCAGCUGAUUAAUCCCGGCACUGCUUACUGGAACAUCAACGUGUCAGCCGAGCCCCAGCCGAGCCCCAGCCGAGCCCCAGACGAACCCCAGCCGAGCCCCAGACAAACCCCAGACGAACCCCAGACGAACCCCAGCCGAUCCCCAGCCGAACCCCAGCCGAGCCCCAGCCGAUCCCCAGCCAAACCCCAGCCGAUCCCAGCCGAACCCCAGCCGAUCCCCAGCCGAACCCCAGCCGAUCCCCAGCCGAGCCCCAGCCGAUCCCCAGCCGAUCCCCAGCCGAUCCCCAGCCGAACCCCAGCCGAUCCCCAGCCGAUCCCCAGCCGAUCCCCAGCCGAGCCCCAGCCGAUCCCCAGCCGAUCCCCAGCCGAACCCCAACCGAACCCCAGCCGAUCCCCAGCCGAUCCCCAGCCGAGCCCCAGCCGAUCCCCAGCCGAUCCCCAGCCGAACCCCAGCCGAUCCCCAGCCGAACCCCAGCCGAUCCCCAGCCGAACCCCAGCCGAUCCCAGCCGAACCCCAGCCGAUCCCCACCGAUCCCCAGCCGAGCCCCAGCCGAUCCCCAGCCGAUCCCCAGCCGAUCCCCAGCCGAUCCCCAGCCGAACCCCAGCCGAUCCCAGCCGAUCCCCAGCCGAUCCCCAGCCGAACCCCAGCCGAUCCCCAGCCGAGCCCCAGCCGAUCCCCAGCCGAUCCCCAGCCGAUCCCCAGCCGAACCCCAGCCGAUCCCCAGCCGAACCUCAGCCGAUCCCCAGCCGAUCCCCAGCCGAUCCCAGCCGAUCCCCAGCCGAACCCCAGCCGAUCCCCAGCCGAACCCCAGCCGAUCCCCAGCCGAACCCCAGCCGAUCCCCAGCCGAUCCCCAGCCGAUCCCCAGCCGAUCCCCAGCCGAUCCCCAGCCGAUCCCCAGCCGAUCCCCAGCCGAACCCCAACCGAUCCCCAGCCGAACCCCAGCCGAACCCCAGCCGAACCCCAGCCGAUCCCCAGCCGAUCCCCAGCCGAGCCCCAGCCGAUCCCCAGCCGAUCCCCAGCCGAACCCCAACCGAUCCCCAGCCGAACCCCAGCCGAACCCCAGCCCGAACCCAGCCGAUCCCCAGCCGAACCCCAGCCAAACCCCAGCCGAUCCCCAGCCGAACCCCAGCCGAACCCCAGCCGAACCCCAGCCGAACCCCAGCAGAGACUUGAUUUCUGAGGUCAUAUGA